AAAAACAGAGACUAUUUGGGUCACACUUUAAGUGCUUUUUGGUCACUAAAGACUAUCUCUUUAGUCUUCUCAGUCAGUCAUGACCCAAAUCUCCAGUAUGGAUCGGAACUUUAACGUAAUCUCUAUCGAGAAGAGAAUCAACGGUCGUGUUAUGUGAGCAUAAGAGCUUAUAUGAUCGGAAUAAAUUAAAUUAAUGGAGGGCUACACGUCGGACGAUGAGUUCGAGAGCAACAGCCUAAGCACGGAGGAGGUGAGUGAGUGCGAGAGCUCCAGCAGUGGCUUCUCUCGUCCACACUACAAUCAUGAUGAAGCUGGUACUUCUAAUUCUCCUCUUCCGGACAGUCCUGUUCUUCCGACGCCGAACAUUGUCAUUCCGGAUAAGAUGACUUCUAUAUCAGAUACUAACAAUUCUGAAGUAGAAUUGAUGAAGGAGCGAUUUGCUAAACUUCUUUUAGGGGAAGAUAUGUCUGGUGGAGGCAAAGGAGUUUGUACAGCACUGGCUAUCUCAAAUGCCAUUUCCAAUCUUUCUGUUUCUGUGUUUGGUGAACUGUGGAAACUAGAGCCAUUGACUCCUCAAAAAAAGUAUAUAUGGCACCGAGAAAUGGACUGGCUUUUAUGUGUGAGUGACUCCAUUGUUGAGCUUACACCAUCCAUACAAGAAUACCCUGGUAGUGGGGCAUUUGAGGUUAUGGUCAGUAGACCACGUUCAGAUCUCUAUGUCAACCUACCAGCGCUGAAGAAACUCGAUACCAUGCUGCUUAGCAUCCUUGAUGGAUUCCAUAACUCUGAAUUUUACUAUGUUGAUCCUGGGAUCGUUGCUAGUGAUGACACUGCAAGGAUUCCUCUGUCUUCGUCUUCGUCUGGAAGGGCAGGGUCGACAAGUGAUAGUGGCAGACAAAAGGAGAAAUGGUGGGUACCAUUUCCUAAGGUUAGGCCAAAUGGGUUGUCUGAUGAUGCCAGGAGGAGGCUGCAACAAUGUAGAGAAUGUUGCAAUCAGAUCCUUAAGGCUGCCUUGGCAAUCAACGCAAAUGUGCUUGCUCAGAUGGAAGUUCCUAAGGUUUACUUACAAAGCUUACCAAAGAGUGGAAAAGCUUGCUUAGGGGAGAUAAUAUACCGUUACAUGACUGCUGACAAGUUCUCCCCAGAGUGUCUUCUGGAUUACUUAGACCUCUCAUCAGAGUACACCACACUGGAAAUAGCUAACAGGAUAGAGGCAUCCAUACACAUUUGGAAGCAGAAGCAUAUGAAAAGGAGUAUAAAUAUAAUGGUGACCAAGCCCUGUAAAUCAUCCUGGGGUGGCAUGGUCAAAGGCUUUUCCAGUGAUACAGAAAGAAGUAAGCUUCUAGCACACCGCGCUGAGACCCUUUUACAUAAUUUAAAGAUGAGGUUCCCUGCCCUCCCUCAAACUAUCUUGGACCUCACUAAGAUUCAGAAUAACAAGGAUGUGGGUCAUUCAAUUCUGGAAAGCUAUUCAAGGGUGUUGGAAAGCUUAGCCUUCAACAUAAUGGCAAGGGUUGAUGAUCUUCUAUACAUAGAUGAUGCCACUAAACGACGUGCAACUAUAGACUCAAUGUGUUUGUAUGACCCUGGAGCUGGAAGGUUUGGUGUUACUAAUAGUAAUAAUAAUGUUGUUGGUGCCCUACCUUUUCCUAGACAGAAGCAGGCAUUAACCAGUUCCAGCUCUUUUGCCUCAUCACGACCAAAACACCCACCAACACCAAUACCAGCGUUCCAUUCUCGUACUCAGAUGGGUGUAAACCCAGUUAGAAGGAUCAAUAGUCUUUCAAUAGAUAGGAUUAAUUCGACUAGUGAUACAGAGGAUGAGAAGUUUGAUAAGCAUUAUGCUCACAUAAAAUAGCUGUUAUUCUGAUUUGUAAUCACGUUUUUAUAUACAAACACACUUUUUCUUUGUUUGCCUCAAUAGCUACCUAGAAGGGUUAUGUAAAUAGCAAUAUGAGGUAGGCACCCGUGCCACUUCUUUUGCUAUAUAUAACUAAACUAUUGGGGAUCGGGCCUCACUUUGAAAGACAACCUACUCAGUAGUUUUUGUUCGAA